AUGCCACAUUGCUGUCAAAAACGGAAAUGGAGAUUUAAAGGUUGCAUUCUGUGCCCGAAUCCGGACACAUCAAGCGCGUACAAUACCGGUGGCGAGAGUUGUCGUUCAAACUCGAUCACACCUGACGGAACCGUGAAAACCCCUCCACAACAGCAGACGGCACCACCACCUGCUAUGGAACCAGUGGCGAUGCCCACUGGCGUGCCGCCUCGUUCACCACGACUGCUGCAUCGGUCGAAGAAUAUGCCGCUUUCACCGACAACAGAAGGAUUUGAUGAUCAGGCAAAUGUUGGCGCCGUUCGAACACCUGCAUCGAGGCGGAACAGCAGGCAUUUAACACAAGAGCGAGGCUAUACUGAUCAUCGCAACCGUCUGCCCGCACACUCCCCUGUUUUAUACGGACGAGAUCCAAUGCAUCGGAUACCCUCACUAUCGAUUGUGAUUCGAGAACAAAACAAACCAAAUCACGGACCAGAUAUUACUAAACAGCCCAAGCUUCCAAUGCCUAAGUAUUUCCGGAGUAUUCAAACGAAAGAAAAGUUGUACAUAAUCGAGAAACCAGUAGUAGAAGCGAACGAAAUUAGUGACGACCAUGGAGUUGCUGCAGGGCCAUCGGACAAAGCUCCAGAGCGGCCCAACAAUACAAGCGACACCAUCGUGUAUAAGUGGAAGGUUAAGCGACGAUGUGACGGUUCACGAUACGUCGUGAAGCGACCAGCUCGAAAUCAAAUUCUGAAGAAACGAGCUGCACAGCUUAUCCGAGAACGAACAGGCAUCAGCACCGAUGACGACGCAAUGAGCGAGCUGAAAGUUAAGCGACGAUGUGACGGUUCACGAUACGUCGUGAAGCGACCAGCUCGAAAUCAAAUUCUGAAGAAACGAGCUGCACAGCUUAUCCGAGAACGAACAGGCAUCAGCACCGAUGACGACGCAAUGAGCGAGCUGAAACUCGGACACUUUCACACACGUGAGGAACGCAAGAAGCAUUUGGAAGAGGAACGGCGGAGAAAAAUUCGUAAUCAGCAGAAACUCAUCGAAUCAAAGAUCUCGCCUGCCGAUCAGAUGAUCGUGCAACUUUCUCAACGAAAAAUGCAACGUCGUAAAGAGAAAAUGCUGCUAGACGGUUUUGUGACCACUCAAGAAGUGCUCAGCCAGCGGAAUCCGGACACCACUGCCAAACAUGGAAUUCUGUCAGUCACUACCGUCUAG